UUUCCUUUCUUCACAUAUUGCAGGGCGGUACUCAAGGUUGGUUGUCAGUAUCCAUGUUAUUAAAGGAUGUUUUGUUAAGAAUUAAAACCUUGCAGCCAAAUUUACAAGAAGUGUUUCUUAAAUCAGACAAUGCAGGUUGCUACCAUUCCUUGCAGUUGAUGGCAUUUAUUUGGAAGAACAAUUCUCUGUUUGAUUUACAGGUAAAAGAAUACAACUUCAGUGAAGUACAGAGUGGAAAAGACUUGUGUGAUUCUAGAACGGGAACUUGUAGGAUGCAUGUGCUAAAAUUUGCUAAUGAAGGAAAUAAUAUUGAAAAUCCAGCAGAUUUGAAGAGAGCACUAGAGAGUAACAAAGGUGUUAGAAAUACCUUUGUAACACUAGUUGACAUUUCAGUUGAGAACCCACCUGUUUUGAUAGGGACAAUUAAACACUUCAAGAUCAGCAAGAUGUCAAACUUUGUUUUUGAGGAUCAAGGAAUCAGAGUCUAUCAAGCAUUUGGUAUAGGAAGUGGAUAUCUCAUCACAAAUACUAUACUAGAAAAGAUCUCCAGAAACCUCAGUUAUGAUGAGAGUAGGAUAAAGAUUAUAGAAGAGCCCUGUGAACAUGGUGAAGAAACGUUUAAUUUAAGACCAACAAAACUCAAGUUGAAUAAUUCAGUAGAGCAUGGAGAUUUAAGUUGCACAAUUCCUGGGUGUGUCAAGUCGUUUAGAAAACCUUCCACUCUAGAACAACAUCUUGCCAUUGGACAACAUAUUUACCAUGAAAAUGACAAAAUAACUGAUGUUGCCAUGGAAGUUUGGGCAGAGAAGUGCACCCAUGGUACCAAUAUAAACUAUAAUGAACAACAAGAUGAGGAUAAUAUUGUUAUUGGAGCAGAUUUUAUGGAUAUGCCAUCAAACCUUAAGUCUGGGUGGGCCUUAAAGUCAGAAAGGAAAUUUGUGCGUUUCAAGGCUUCAGUUAAGGAUUAUAUCAAACAAAUUUUUGAUGAAGGUGAGAGGACUGGCAAAAAGGCAAAUCCCCUUACUGUAGCAAAUAAAAUUCGAAAUGAAAAAAACGAUGCAGGUGGAAGAUUAUUUGCUCCUGAUGAUUGGGUCUCAGCACAACAGGUUAGAGGUGUAUUUGCAAGCUUACAAUUAAAACUACAGAAACAGAACCCAGAACAUCCAGGAUUAGAAUUGAACUUAAAAACAGAAGUUGAUGAUGACUUGAAUGAAGUUCUAACAGAGUUAGAUGCUAUUGAGACUUUGAACAUUGUUGACUCUGUAACUGAACAAAUAUCUUAGGACCAAUGUGUUCAUUAUGUCUUUAAGGAUUAUGUUUAUUUUUGUUGUUCCAAUGCUAAACAUAUUGAAAUUUAAUAGAAAAUCCACAGCCUUCCUCUUGUACUGUUAUGUCUGACAAUUCUUUGCUUGAUACUAUAAAAGCUGAAAUUUUUGUGGCGGAUUUAAUUUCCUUUAUUUCAAGGAAAGAAUAUAUCCAUGAUAUUAAAUCCCCCACUAACAAGAUCUCUGUAUUAAAGUCUGGAUUUUCUGCAAAAAUUAAUAACUAAUAUUGCAUUAAACAAUGUUUCCCUUUGGUCAUGUUGGUAUAUGUAUAAAAUGGCACAUCUCUAUUAACAUGAUUAAUUAUCAUGAUUAUUAUUUUUGCUGUUAUAAAAUUAUUGCACUUUGAAAAUUUAUUGAGACACCUACUGACAAAGCUAUGGAAGGGGUCAUAAACCGAACCACUUUAAAUUCUUAAGGCCAAUGUGUUCAUUAUGUCUUUAAUCACUAAAGUUUCUAGUUAACAUUCUUGUCUGUCUAUCUUUCUGUCCAUCUUUCAGUCCAAUAAGCUAAGGGCUAGCAUCUCUUAUCCGCAACUCCUCCUAAACAACUGAAUGGCUUUUUCACCUUGACCUCAUUCUAGUAACACUUUAUUUUUGUAUAGGAAUAGCAAAUUUCUAACCCUUCAUAGUGGGGACAAUAUUUGGUACAAACAUGUAUACAUGUAUAAUUUGUUCUAAAAAGUAAUUUCCAUUCUGUUAUUAAGCACUCUUUUGAAUUUAAUUGAUAUAUACACAAGCUUUAAAUCAAAGAUAUCUCCAGCAACUCUUUUUAUAUACAAAGGUACCACUUGAAGUUUAGCAUCUUUAUGACUUGGGCAUUUCCAGUGAUGUAUAAAAAGGUUAAAGAACAUGAACAGUUAUAUGAUUUAUGUAAUGGGUAUUUACUUCACAUUACUAGUCAUGCUGGAUCUCUGAUACUGUCUGCAAUUAACUUUAUAGUAUUGAAGACUUAUUUAAUCACUUUAAAAAAAAUUGUUCUAACAUGUGCUUGAUAAUCAUGAUAAUGUUGCUUGAAAAUGAUGUACAUGUAUUUAAAAAUUUUGUUCUGUUUCUUGUACUUGUAUUUCAUUUAUUUUUAUUUGUUAUUAUUCAUUAAAUCAUAAAAACUUUCAAAAUGUAGUUUUAGAUAUGCAAAAUCAGAUUAUAUGUAUAAAAAAGACUUAUCGACUGUUCAUAAGUUUUAUUAAAUUCUAUCCUUUCGUGGUUGAAACAUGUAUAAGUUCCCCACCCACCCCCUUGUUUUCCCAAAUCAUACUAAUACAUUUUUGAUAAAGGUCAUCCAACUUAGAUAAAGAGAGAAAGUGUGGGUAGCAAAUAAUAUACAUGCAAACUUGCACUAGUGACUAAGUGUAUACAACAGGCUAUUUAAAUGACUUAAUAAUGACGUUGGUUUUUUAAUAAAAAAAGGGGGGUAUUCAAUCA